AAUAUAAAAUUUAUAUUUGAUUUAUUUAGAAUAAAUCAAUCAUAUAACAAUAGAAAGAUUAUUAAAUAAAAAUUUAUUUCAAUUAAAUCAAUAUACAAUUUAUUAUUAUUUAAAUAUAAAAAUAAAUGAUUUAAAUCAAUAUGAAAUAAAACGAAAUUAUUCAUAUAGAACAAUUGAUUUAUUAAAUGAAACUUAUCAAAAUAUUUUAUGUUAUUUUAUUGAACAAAAUCAUUUUAUAUCAUAUGAUUUAUAUUCUAAUAAUUUAACAUUUAUUAUAUUCAUAUUUAAUUAUAUUAUUAACAAACUAUUCAGUAUAUAUUUAUCAUAAACAAAUAUAUAUACAAGCAACAGAAACAAUUUAUAAUAAUCAACCACCAAUUAAUAUUUAUUUAAAACGAUUAUUUAUUAUCUCAAUUAAUACAUUAGAUUAAUUAUUUAAAUUUUUAUUAGAAUCCUCAUUAGUAACAAUACAUUUAUCGGAUCAUUUAUUUUAUUUAUUAUAUUAUACAACUAAAAAUAUUGAUUUAGCUUAACAAAUUAAACAAAUAUCGUUUCAAGCUGAUAUUGAUUAUAGUUUAGUUGAUAAACAUUUAUUUAAAAACUAUUCAAACAACACAAUAUAUUAUUGAUCAAUCUACAAUUGAUAUUGUUAUUCAUUAUUUUCAAAGAUUAUUUAUGUCUUAUUAUUGAAUAUAUUAAAUUAAUUAAAAGAGUAGCAACAUCAGCUAGGAUUUAGCAAUUGACAUUUUUCUUUAAUUGAUCAAAAUAAAAACUUGAUUAAAAUUAAUUAAAAAUAUUUUCAUUGAAUAAUCUCUUCAAUGUUUUGCGUACAUAGAGAUGUGUGCGACGGAGAGAGUAUGACUGGGACCAGAAUUGGUACUAGGUUUAGAUCAGUUUUACUCGGACUAUGGUCGGUACCGGGUCCGAGAUAAGAACUAUGAAGGUCAUACUUAUUGUCUUGGCCUGGUCUCGAUCAUAGUCUUGGUAAACUGGUCUAACUCUGACUCCAAUUCCAUCCCGGUCCCACACAUGCUCCGUAUGUAUUUAACAAAGUAGCAAAAAAAUUAUCAAUUCUAUCAGGAGUGUUCAUUGCGGCGAUGCACAAGUUUUUCUUUUCUAUUAUCGCAGUAGUUUUUUGAGACGUGAUGAAUAGUCCUGUUUUCUAAUUGAAUAAUAAAUAACUUUUUUUUAAAUUGUUUUCCUCAAUGAAUCAAAUCAAUCUCAAGAUAUUCUGUCAUCAUCAUCAUAAACUAAUGUCAAUAGUCUUUAUCUUAAUACUCUUCAAUCUAUUCUGGAUCGUCUUAUAACUAAUGGUUUUCAUGCUCCUUUAAAUUGUCAUUUAAAAUUUUUAACUUAUCUUUUUAAACAAAAUUUUUCUCAAGCAACAUCAUUAAUACGUUUAAAACUUUGUUGUAAUAUAAUUGAUUUUGUUUGCUCAUUUUAUUAUUCAUAUUGGCCAUUAUCAUUUACACAAAAUGAUAUAGAUCCAUUAAUAUCUUUUAUUAAUUAUAAUCGUAUUCACAACACUCUUCAACAAGUUUAUUAA